UAUACCUUCUCCCGUCAUUUCAAUUGGCGACGGUAGCUCGCGGUGGUUGCGGAAGGCGCUAAUGGCGUACAAGGCGGUGGCGGAGGUAGCGGCUGAGGAGAUCGCGGCCACCGGCGUGCCUAUGGAGGAGGCCGGGAGGAUCCACUUAGGUCUUCGGCAAGUUAUCACCGAUUGCGGGGGCACUGGCCCGGAGGCUUGGGACGCCAUCUCGAAGCGGAUCUUAAGCCCUACUCUCCCUUUCCCCCUCCACCAGAUGUUGUACUAUGGCUGUUACAGGGACUUUGGUUCUAAUCCGCCGCCGGCUUGGAUUCCAGACAAAGAGAAUGCUGCAUCUACAAAUAUAGGACAAGUUUUACAGAAGCAUGGAAGUGAGUUAUUGGGAGUGAGAUACAAGGAUCCAAUAUCAAGCUUUACUGACUUUCAGGCUUUUUCUGUGGAGAAUCCAGAGACUUAUUGGAAGAUGGUUUUCAAAGAGAUGGAUAUUUCAUUUCCGGUGCCACCAUCUUGCAUCCUUCAAAGCCAUGACUCAUAUCCUGGAGGGCAGUGGUUGCCAGGGGCAUGUUUAAAUUCUGCCAGCCUAUGCUUGAGUUUGAAUAAUAAAAGAGGACUUAAUGAUGUUGCCAUUAUUUGGAGAGAUGAAGGAUGUGAUGCUUUACCUGUUAAUACCAUGACUUUCAAGGAACUGAGGACAAAAGUCUGGCUGAUUGCUAAUGCCCUUGAUACAUUGGGUUUACCGAAAGAAUCUGGUGUUGCAAUAGAUAUGCCAAUGAAUGUUACUUCUGUUUUAAUCUACCUAGCUAUUGUUCUAGCAGGUUAUGUGGUGGUAUCUAUAGCAGAUAGCUUUGCCCCUAAGGAAAUCACAACCAGGCUUACGAUAGCAAAUGCAAAAGCAAUUUUCACCCAGGAUUGGAUUAUCCGGGGUGUAAAGCAACUACCUUUGUACAGUAAAGUUGUUGAAGCUCAUGCUCCUUUAGCAAUUGUCGUCCCGGCAAGAGAUUACACUACAGUAAAAGGACUGCGUGCAGAUGAUAUUUCUUGGCAUGACUUUUUGAAAAGAGUAGAUCAUACCAUAGACAUACCCUAUCCUGCGGUUGUAAAACCUUUUGAGACCUUCACAAACAUCCUCUUUUCAUCUGGAACAACAGGUGAGCCAAAAGCAAUUCCAUGGACACAUGCAACUCCUCUAAAGGCUUCUGCAGAUGCAUGGGCACACAUGGACAUACAUAAAGGCGAUGUUGUUGCAUGGCCUACUAAUCUUGGUUGGAUGAUGGGCCCAUGGCUUGUGUAUGCCUCUUUAAUAAAUGGAGCUUCUAUGGCUCUGUAUAAUGGCAUCCCUCUUGGAUCUGGAUUUGCAAAAUUUGUACAGGAUGCCAAGGUAACAAUGCUCGGUGUUGUUCCAAGUAUUGUGCGGGCUUGGAAAAGCACAAAUUGCACUGCCGGCCUUGAUUGGUCAACCAUUCGUUGCUUCAGCUCCACUGGAGAGGCAUCCAGUGUGGAUGAUUAUCUGUGGCUCAUGGGCAGAGCUCAUUACAAGCCAGUUAUCGAAUAUUGUGGUGGUACCGAGAUCGGAGGUGGAUUUGUUUCUGGGUCCCUCUUGCAGCCUCAAGCACUAGCCGCAUUCAGUACACCAGCGAUGGGGUGCAAACUUUUUAUCCUCGAUAGUAAUGGAAAUCCACUUCCUGAAAAUUCCACGGGAAUCGGUGAGUUAGCCCUUGAUCCAACAAUGUUUGGAGCAUCAACAACUUUACUAAAUGCUGAUCAUUACGAUGUUUACUUCAAGGGCAUGCCAAUGUAUAACGGAAAAUUACUUCGAAGACAUGGAGAUGAAUUUGAGCGCACUGCAGGAGGAUAUUAUAGGGCACAUGGUCGCGCAGAUGACACGAUGAACCUUGGCGGCAUUAAGGUGAGUUCUGUCGAGAUUGAACGAAUCUGCAACACUGUCAAUGAAGCCAUCCUUGAGACAGCUGCGAUUGGCGUCCCACCACUGGCCGGUGGGCCUGAACAACUAGUUGUGGCCGUCGUCUUUCGGGAUCCAAACACCAUGGAAGAUGAUUUGGAAAAGUUAAGGCUGGCCUUCAAUUCUGCAUUGCAGAAGAAACUGAAUCCAUUGUUCAAGGUUUCGUCUAUCGUUCCCGUGCCAUCUCUUCCACGGACUGCUUCAAACAAGGUCAUGCGAAGGAUUCUGAGGCAGAAAUUUGUCAACGGGCCAAGGUUGUAAUGCUGUGUGUUUCUUGGAAAGAUGUAUGAUCUCAUCCUCAUAAAUGCCUUCAAGUUCUACCUGAGGAACUUUUUUGUUUUUUUAAUGUACUGAUAUGUAUUUAGAGUUUUAGACAAUCAAUAAAUAAUUGAGUUAGACAA